AUGAAACGAUGUUACGGAAAUUUCUUUAAAGAGUCCUUGACGUCGCAGGGAAAUAUUUACAAGGAUGCAAGUAUUGACAAUUGCGCCGGUAAUCUCUCAGGGGAAAUACGUCACCUUAAGGUUCAAUGUUUAUGCAAUGAUGAUAUCGUAAUUAUGGAUGUUUUGACACCAAAUGGUGCUUUAAAU